AUGUCGACAUGUAAAUCACUCCUCCGCGCCACUACCCCCUUCCAAAGGACCCAACCGUCCCUUCUUCCCCUAACGCAAACCCGCUGCGAAUCCUCCACACGCCGACACCGCAAACUGCUCGCUUUACCAGAAGCGCCAUCAUACACGCCGUCGAGCCCUUCUCCGUCGCUCAUCUUCAAUCCCCCGUCGUCCGCCCCAAACGUCUACCAUACCCCACUCAAAUUUCUCCCCAAGCAAGAUAAACGUCGACAAAUCAUCACGGCUGCACAAUCCUACGCAAACAAGGCAUCGUUGUCGCGACAAACGUCAAACAUUGCUGCACCGGGUACUCCCUUGUCAGACUCUAGUCUCCUCCCGCCGCGGCCCUCUGCUGCCCUCCCGCAGCCGGUGCGCGAACCCUACGAGAAAAAGUACCAUUUGAGCGAGGCGCAGGUCGAGGAGAUACGGACGCUGCGGCGCCAGGACCCAGAUACAUGGACAAGAGUACGGCUGGCGGAGAAGUUUGGGUGUAGUCAGUUUUUCGUGGGCAUGAUUGCGAAGAAUCCGGAGAAGGCGAAGAGGGUGGAGAGUAUGCAUGAGGAAGCGAGGAGGAAGUGGGGGGCUAGGAGGCGUGAGGCGAGGGAGGAUCGGGGGAGGAGGAGAGUGCUUUGGGGGAGGGACGCUUGA